CCAUAGAUGUUUGACGUUACAAUGUUUUUCUUAUAUUAAUCUGCCUAAUUCGUUGAUUGCAUUACGAUUUUCUCAUUAAAACCGCAAUAAAAUAUGACAUCUUCAAUAAAGUUAUUCUCCCUCGGAAGGGCAGGAGUAAAUUUACUGAGACCCUCCGUUUUUGGAGUGUCCCCAAUAUUCAGGAAUUAUGCAUCUAAGGGGGAAUAUAUAAUUGUUACAGACAAAGAACCUUGCAUGGAUAUGAAAGAUAUAACUGACAGAGCUGCGACAACUAUGUUUGCACUAGAACUUGCCAGAGGUUUUGGCGUUACCCUGGGUUCACUUUUUAAGGAACCUGCUACAAUUAAUUAUCCAUUUGAGAAAGGCCCCCUUAGUCCCAGAUUUCGAGGCGAGCACGCCUUAAGGCGUUAUCCUUCAGGAGAAGAAAGAUGUAUUGCUUGUAAAUUGUGUGAAGCUGUAUGCCCGGCACAGGCCAUUACAAUUGAAGCUGAACCAAGAGAAGAUGGUUCGAGAAGAACAACUAGAUAUGAUAUUGAUAUGACAAAGUGUAUUUAUUGUGGUUUUUGUCAGGAAGCAUGUCCUGUUGAUGCAAUUGUUGAAGGUCCCAACUUUGAGUUUUCAACAGAAACUCACGAAGAGUUAUUGUACAAUAAAGAAAAACUUUUGCUUAAUGGAGACAGAUGGGAAUCUGAAAUUGCUGCUAAUAUACAUGCAGAUCAUUUGUACCGUUAACUAAUUAAAAUGUAGUUGUAGAAAGAACUGUUAAAUUAUACGAAUUUAAAGAAUAUAUAAACGAUUUUCUCCAAAAAAAAA